UCUCCUCCUUUCAUAUUCUUGUUCCUCCAAGUCGGGUUUCCUUUUGGUUGGUCUUACUUUGGCCUACAUAAAUCUGAAUUUCUAAAUUAAUUUCUAAUAGGUUCAAAUCAAAUGUUGUUAAGAAACUUUCUAGUUCCUGUGUAGAAUAUUUUAAUGACGAUAACCUAGUGACAAUGCCAAUCAGGAAAUAUCGACGGGAUACCAGUGAAGUCAGCUGUUGUUUAAAAUAUGUAAUUUUUGGUGUAAAUGUUUUAUUUUGGUUCAUUGGACUGGUAGUCCUGGCUGUAGGAGUGUGGGCUUGGACAGAAAAGGACACAUUCAACAAUUUAUCAAGACUGACUAAUAUUGCUUUAGAUCCAGCCUUCGUUCUUAUAUGUGCUGGGGCAAUAACAUUUGUGAUCGGGUUCACUGGGUGCGUGGGGGCCCUGCGUGAGAACACCUGUCUGCUGGCUUGUUAUGCAGUUUUCUUGGCGUUACUUUUGCUGGCGGAAAUGACAGUUGGAAUUCUGGGCUUCGUGUUCAAAGAUUGGAUAAAGACGCAAGCUACAACAGGAUUCCAAGGUUUUAUAACCCACUACAGAGAAGACCCCGAUCAGCAAAAUUUAAUCGACUGGAUUCAGGAAGAUUGGUUGCAAUGCUGCGGGGUCGAAGGCCCGCGCGACUGGGACCGCAACGCCUACUUCAACUGCUCGAGCGGCGCGGUUGGGUCUCGCGAGGCGUGCGGGGUGCCGUUCAGCUGCUGCCGGAAUAAACCCCAGGAUAUUAUUAGGAAUAAACAGUGCGGGUACGACGUGCGGAAGAGCUCUUAUAAUCCGAACGAGAGCGUGAUCUUCGAGCGCGGCUGCCUGCGCGCCGGCGAGGAGUGGGUGGAGAGCCACCUGGUGCCGGUGGCGGGCGCCGCCGUCGCCGCCAUGCUGCUCAAGAAAUAUGACAUUGCUAAGAUAAUUUACGACAAAGGCUGCUUAGAAGCUGCCGAGGAAUGGUUUGACCACAACUUGUUGAUAGUAGCCACGGCCGCAGUUUGUACCGCUUUCGCACACAUCCUCGGCAUCUGCUUCGCGCAGAACUUGCGCGCCGACAUCUUCGCCCAGAAAGCGAAGUGGCACUGACAAUCAGCCUCUCCUGCCGCCGUGUGACGUCAUCGUCGCCACGCCGCCCGCGACCCCUACAGCGCCCUCUACUCGCUCACGUGACCGACGCAAACCGCUCCAGAGAUGGCGCCACAGAGCGUCUCAACUAUCUGCGAGCAACGCCAUCUGUUGACUGAAAUGUAGAAAUUAUAUGCAUGAUGACUACACUUACACUAGUGGCCAGUAGUGUGUGAAUGUGCAAAAGAUGGCGCUGCUUUAAAUUUUUUGCCCGCGUUUGUGAUUUUCUCGAAAUAUUUUUGUUGUUGCACUCUUUCACCUUUUCCUUGAAAACUGCUUCAUUUUACUUUACAAGUCCCACUUUGAACUAUUUGCACUUCUUCAAGUAUCAUCCUUCUAUGCCAAAUUGAAUGCCAAUGUUCUUAUUAUGUGCUCUAAUAGAUGUGUUCAAUUAAUUGGCAUUUAAUAGCCUUAACUUGAGCUGUGAAGAUGAUAAAAGUUAUUGUUGUAAUAUGUAUACAAUGUAUAUGUGUAUGCUAAAUAUGUUCAAGUUUCAAAUAUACGGAACAUUUUAUGAAUGACUGCAGUUCCUCCAAAUAACCUAUUUAUAUAUUAACGUUAUACCUAACCGGUACUGUACGUAAAGUUUUAAAACAAUCGACUGAUCAACUCGAGUCACAUAAAAUAUUCCUUGUUUUAUUUAAAGCUGAUGAUUACAAUAAUGCUCCUAGAAUAUUUAGCAUACCAUCAAGUACAACUAAAAUAUGAAGUGCUUUAUAGUGGAAAUGACUUAUUAAGAAUUAUGAAAAAAAUAUUUGCAAAAUAUAUUUUAAAAUAGAAAUAAUAAUAAUAACUGAAUUGGGUCGCGAGCGCACGCGCAGGAGAAUAAUGGCUGACAAUAUCCGUUAAGUUUAAAUGUAAUUUACGUAUAUAUUUGGAAUACUUUAUUUAUAGAAACAUAGCUAAAUAAGUACAUUUAUAGGAAAUACUCAUUUAGAUAUAGUCAAAAUGUUGGUUAGUGCUUUAAGCGAAGCAGCUUUGAAAUUAUAUAAUUUUUCAUUUGGGUUUAAUAUUUUUUUCCUAAAAAUAUUAAGUAUAAUUUCGAAUCUGCUUCCUAAAAUAAAUGCUUUACCUAUUCUAUGUACACACUAACAUUUCGUUAGAAACCUAGA